ACACGGUUUUGACGUGUAAAAAAACUGUAAAUACAAAUUUGUUUAUAGAUGUAAUUAAUAGUAGUCAAAAGAUAACUACAAGUAGAUAUGUUUAAUAGACUUAAGAGUGCUGUAAUCGGAGCAGUUAGUGGAAUAGAACCGAAUGGGUACACCCUCGAAGGAUCUCAGAGCAAUAAACAAACAUUAGCCCCAAAAUUUCCUUAUGGACGUCCCCAUUUCCUUGGUCUGGGGGAUGAGGAAGUUCAAAUGUCUGCAGACCACAAACUGAGACCUAUAAUACACCCCAGCAAACCACUGCCAUAUCAUACAGGUUAUGCUGAAUGUGUGAAUGCAGGGAAAUCAAGAUGGAACGAGGAUCAAGCGGUUUACAGGCAAGGUGUGUUAACAAAAGUCGAACAAGAUGAAGCUGGUGGGAUUCAAAAGUUCUCGAUUCCGUAUACAUAUUACGGAAUAUUUGAUGGGCAUGCAGGAGUAGGUGCCGCUUUAUGCGCUGCCAAUCAACUGCAUCAUAUUAUACAUGAGAAACUUGUAGAUGCUCAAGAUGACGUAUGGAUAGAUUUUAAUGAAAAACGUUCUUCUACCUCAAAACCUAGAGACUUAUUGAUAAUAGGUGCCCUAGAAGCAGCUUUUAAAGAAAUGGAUCAACUGAUUUCUGAGGAUCGGAAUAAAUAUCAAGCAGCAGGAGGUUGUACAGCUUUGGUAGCAUUAUUUAUAUUAGGUAAAUUGUACAUAGCCAACGCAGGUGAUUCCCGUGCUAUAAUUUGUAAAGAAGAUUCGUUUAUAUCAAUGUCGAUGGAUUUUACACCAGAAAAUGAAAGGGAUAGGAUAAGAAGGUUAGCGGAAGAACAACCAGCUUUAUUAGGAAAAGAAUUUACUUCUCGUGAAUAUAUAAAACAACCUAAAUCAGGUGAUUUAGGGAAAACUGUGAUGUUUAGAGAUGCACAUAUGAAGGGAUGGGCUUAUAAAACCCUUCAACCAGACGAUCUCAAAGUAUCUGUUAUUACUGGACAAGGAAAAAGGAGCCGAGUCAUGGGUACAAUAGGAGUUACAAGAGGAUUUGGCGAUCACGACUUAUUAGCCAUUUAUCAAAAAACGCCUAUUAAACCAUUUCUGUCUUCGAAUCCAGAAGUUCAGAUAAAAAAAAUUGAUAGUACCGAUGAAAAAGAAGUUCUAGUGAUGGGUACUGAUGGACUGUGGGAUGUAGUCGAUGGUAACAAAGCUGUUGAUGUUGUUUCAAAGUCAAUAAAUGCUUUUAUGGAAAAAGAGAGGUAUGUGAGUGCCGCAACGUGUCUGGUAGGGUCCGCACGUGGAACUCUAGUAAAUGAACAUUCCUGGCAGCUUAAAGAUGGCAAACCGGCAUCGUACGAUGAUGUAUCAGUAUUCGUUAUACCACUUUUACCUUAUAAAUUAGAAUACGAUGAAUUAGUCAGUCGAUACCUCCAGAAUUCAGAGAAGCAAAAUGAUAAUGAAUGAUAUAUUUUCUAUUCCUGUAAACUUAUAUUCAUUUAGAUGUUAAUGACAAAGUGAAAUGUUACGUUACUAUUUUUUUAACGUUGAAUGUAUCGAAGCAACUUUGAUGUUGUUUGACGUUUGUGUAUAAAUUCGUUAAAUGCUAGUCCCAAUGAUAACGAUAUUAGGGUUAUAUUCUUGCUUCCAUUCCAAUAUCGAUAAAGUUUUACAAACAUUUUUAGAAGCUUCUAUUAGUUGCACAACUUCACAAAUUUGUAUUUACUUAUUUUCAUUAAAAAUACCUAUUUGUACUACUUACUGUAAAUAAGUUUUUUAUAAAUAAAUACCAGUAAUAAAACUGUA